CUGACAGUUUAUAUCAUUUCAACAUUUUGCGCUGACAUUAACAUUUUUCUGACGAAACGAUUAAAGAAAAGUUCUCGGUUUUUUUAAAAAAGAAAUUCUAAUACGAUUAGAGUUCUAAGUGUAAUCGAAACGGUUUAGUAAUUGUUGUGCUUUGGAAUUGUUACCGGUGAUCAGUAGUUGUUCGUUCAAGUGAAAUCUGACCAUAGCUUUCUUGGAGCUAACCUUGGCAAAUAAACACUAAUAAAUAUGACAUCUCAGUACUAUCAGGUAUUUCACUUGGCUUCGAAUCGAAAAUUCAUCAUUGAGGCUAACACGUACCACGAGCUAGAGGAAAAUAUACGCCAAGCGUUCAAAACGGACGAGGAAUUCGUCGUCGAGGUUGAAUUUCGCCGCGUGCGAACGGUGAUCUUCAGGGGGAUCGCAAACCUGGCAAAUCUAGUGCAGAACAAACCUUUAUUCGUUAAAUUCGAAUCGGAUCCAGAGAUGUCAGCUGGUCUGAUGUCUUGUGUACGAGAAAAUUCACCGCCCUUGGAAAUGGGGGAACCAGUUGCUAUAGCAUCACCACCGCCAGACACACCAGAAACACAAAAGCGUCGACGCUUCCAUCCGCUUCGAAAUUUACGCAAAAUAUUUCGCCGACGAUCGGUUGCACAAGCAGACACCAUAUCACCGACGUCUAGUUUAGACGAUACUACCGUUGGCCGAUUGGGUGCAGCGAGUGAAACGUCUCCCGAUGGAAAGCACAAAUCACAGCAUCAUCAUCAUCACCACAGUCACCAAAUUACCAGUAGUGUUUCCGUAGGUGGCGGAUUUUAUGCGAAAAAGGAAAAACGUGAACGAAGUGCCGAUAGUGCUCGAGCUAAGGAAGUGGCUGAUGAAUUAGAUAAAGAUAUGACUGACUAUCAGAGAAGUUUGAGUGAGGGACGACUGCUGGAUAGCGAAUUCAGCAGAGAUGGAUUAUCACAGAGUCAUGACAGCGUGUUCUCAGAAUCAGCAACAGCUAGCAGUCUGUCGAUAGUUUUAAAGAAAUGUCUCAACCAAUGGAUGAACAAACAACACCACAGAAAUUAUUUGGAGGAUGUGAGGGUCCUGAUGCUAUGUAUGUUAAGCUUAUAUCAUCAGAUGGACACGAAUUUAUUGUUAAGCGUGAGCAUGCAUUGACAUCGGGCACCAUAAAGGCUAUGCUGUCCGGUCCCGGCCAAUUUGCUGAAAAUGAAGCCAACGAAGUGAAUUUUAGGGAAAUUCCAUCUCAUGUGUUGAAGAAAGUCU